AUAGAUACCCCCCUCCCCCCUUCCGACCUCCCCGCUACCCACCACCGCCAUUAGCCUCCUGAUUCCCGCGCCACCUAGUCCCCAACCCCGUCCCAUGCCCGCGGCAGCCGCGCGCUGCACUGAGGCGCGAGUGAGCGAGCAGAGCGAGGCCUGAUGCGGCAGCGGCAGCAGGGGGAGGAGCACCAGGAGCUGUUCGUGCAGUGGAGGCCCUGCGACAAGAAGAGGUCUUAGGCCUUGAGCCGAGUCCGUCCUCGGAUCCACUCAUCCACUCGGGGCGCGCGUGAAGGCGCCGUCUUUUCGGCUUGCCGGCGGCGGCGGCGCGCGGCGUUGAGGACGACCGGCCGGCGGGGACCGACCGGGGAAGAUGAGCGUGUCCGUGGGGAGGACCCGGGUGGGGAGGUACGAGCUGGGCCGGACGCUCGGGGAGGGCACUUUCGCCAAGGUCAAGUUCGCCAGGAACGUCGAGACCGGCGAGAAUGUCGCCAUCAAGAUCCUCGAAAAGGAGAAGGUGCUCAAGCACAAGAUGAUCGCCCAGAUAAAGCGCGAGAUCUCGACCAUGAAGCUCAUCCGGCACCCAAACGUCAUCCGGAUGUACGAGGUGAUGGCCAGCAAGACAAAGAUUUACAUAGUGAUGGAGCUUGUCACCGGAGGUGAACUUUUCGACAAGAUUGCUUCGCGUGGAAGGCUGAAAGAGGAUGAUGCAAGGAAAUAUUUCCAGCAGGUGAUCAAUGCUGUCGAUUACUGCCACAGCAGAGGCGUCUACCACCGUGAUCUCAAGCCUGAAAACCUUCUGCUUGAUGCUAGUGGCACACUCAAGGUGUCUGAUUUUGGAUUGAGUGCACUAUCUCAACAAGUUCGAGAGGAUGGUCUGCUGCACACAACCUGUGGAACUCCUAAUUAUGUUGCUCCCGAGGUUAUAAACAACAAAGGGUAUGAUGGAGCCAAGGCUGAUCUAUGGUCAUGUGGGGUGAUUCUUUUUGUCCUCAUGGCAGGGUACCUCCCGUUUGAAGAUUCAAACCUUAUGUCGCUUUACAAGAAGAUCUUCAAGGCAGAUUUCAGUUGCCCGUCUUGGUUCUCCACAAGUGCGAAGAAGCUCAUCAAGAAGAUAUUAGAUCCUAAUCCUAGCACUAGGAUAACAAUUGCAGAGCUUAUUAACAAUGAGUGGUUCAAGAAGGGGUAUCAGCCUCCCAGAUUUGAGACAGUGGAUGUUAAUUUAGAUGAUGUCAACUCCAUUUUUGACGAAUCUGGUGACCCAGCACAACUUGUUGUUGAGAGGCGAGAAGAGAGACCAUCGGUGAUGAAUGCUUUUGAGUUGAUCUCUACAUCUCAAGGCCUCAAUCUCGGCACACUCUUUGAGAAGCAAAUGGGUUCUGUUAAGAAAGAAACAAGAUUUGCAUCAAGGCUUCCUGCAAAUGAGAUACUGUCGAAAAUUGAAGCAGCAGCAGGACCCAUGGGCUUCAAUGUGCAGAAGCGCAACUACAAGCUGAAGCUGCAAGGAGAGAACCCGGGAAGGAAAGGUCAGCUGGCCAUUGCAACAGAGGUUUUCGAGGUGACGCCUUCGCUGUACAUGGUGGAGCUGCGCAAGUCCAACGGGGACACCCUCGAGUUCCACAAGUUCUACCACAACAUCUCAAACGGGCUGAAGGACGUGAUGUGGAAGCCGGAGGGCAGCAUCGUGGAAGGCGACGAGGUGCGGCACCGGAGGCCGCCGUUGGAGGUGGAGCGGAUCCCCGGCUCGCAUCGCCAUCGCAUCACUGUGAUUCUUCACACACGCCGCGCUCGCCCUGCCUGCUCUGCUCCGCCCGACCCGACCCGACGCGGCCUCCUCCCCCCGACGACCCCGAGAGCGAGCGCGGCCGCUAUGCGCGAGGAGGUGCGGAGCUCGUCGGCGGCGCCGCCCGACCCGCCGCCCGACCCGCCGCCCGCGCGCUCGGCCUCGCCGCCGCCCACCCCCGUCGCCAGUUCUGCUGGUGCUUCAUCACCUCCUUCACAAGCUAAUAUAGCUAGCAUAGAUUGGUUAGGCAGUGACCAAGUCUCCAAGGCGGGGUCGUCUCAUGUUGCUCCACCUGCUUCUCAGCCUGCACUUAGUACUAAUGCUGAUGGAGCUGCUGCGGAUUUCUUUCAAUCAUCGUGUAGACCAUGGGAACGAGGCGACUUGCUUCGUCGGCUGGCCACGUUUAAGCAUUCAACAUGGGCCUCUAAGCCAAAGGCUGCUAGUUCACUGGCUUGUGCUCAAAGAGGCUGGGUGAACAUUGACGUGGACAAGAUUGAGUGUGAAUCAUGUGGUGCACAUCUUAUAUUUACUGCAUUGACAUCCUGGUCCCCUGCUGAAGUUGCAAAUGCCGGGGAAGCUUUUGCUGAGCAGCUUGAUGCAUCACACCAGAAUGAUUGUCCCUGGAAGGGGAAUAGCUGUGCUGAUGGCCUGGUGCAGUUCCACCUUACCCCAUCAGCUCUUGUUGGUGGUUUUAAAGAUCGAUGUGAUGGAUUGUUGCAGUUUGUAUCUCUUCCUGUUAUUGCCUCAUCUGCAAUUGAGAGUAUGAAGCUCACUAGAAACGUUCAAAUUGAUCGUGUCUUAUCCCAGUCAGUUACAAUUUUGUCUGGGGAGCUGGGCUAUAGAACAGACAGUACAACAGGGAUUGAUAUCAGCCAACAAGAUGAAACCUGCUGCUACUCUAAAGCACAGAAGCUUAUUAGCGUUUGUGGAUGGGAGCCUAGAUGGCUUCCAAAUGUUCAAGAUUGGGAAGAAAAUUCGACACGCUCUGCCAGAAAUGCAGGCUCAGCUGAACCAGAUGGCCAAUUUCAUUCCCAAUUUGCUGAGCAUCGUCAAAGUUCAUACUCUGCAUCAGUUAAGAAAGAGAAGGGAAAAGGCAAAAUGCGUGUCAAAGAUUCUGGAUGCAGCAUGAGAUCACCUUUGCUGGAUUGCAGCUUAUGUGGAGCUACAGUGAGAAUUUGGGACUUCAAAUCUGUGCCACGCCCUUCUCAUUUUAGUCUGAAUAACAUCGACAUGCCUGAUACAGGAAGGAAGCCUGUGUUGACCCGUGGAAUUAGUGCUACUAGUGGGAUCAAUGGAUUGGUUGCUGAAGGAGCGGAGAAAGAAAAUGUUGAAGGACGUGAUGAGGCAGGUACUGAUGAGCGUAAGUCUGUGUCAAAUGCUCAAGUUGACUUAAAUCUGACAAUGGCAGGAGGUUUGCCAUCUAACCAUUCUGCAUUGCCCCCGAUGCCUGGACAUUUCAAUUAUGGAGGAAUGGGAAGAGAUCUCAUUAUUGGGCAGCCUACUGGAAGUGAGCUUGGUGGCCAUGCAGCCUCAUUUGAGUCUCGGGGCCCCAGUUCAAGGAAGCGUAACCUGGAGGAAGGUGGGAGCACAGCUGACAAGCCAAUAAACAGGCUUCAGCCUGCUGACAGCAUAGAGGGAACUGUCAUUGACCGUGAUGGUGAUGAAGUUGAUGAUGCCGCACAAGAUUCUGGUGCUCGGAGCAAAAGGCCUCGUGGUUUUAAUCUUUUUGAUAUCAAUCGCCCAUCUUCUUCAGGAGCUGGUCCCAGCAGAAACUUAAGCUUUGACCUGGAUAUAGAUGUUAAUAGGUUUGAUACAUCUAAUGCUGAGGGCCCAUCUGCCCUUCACAACCCAUUUCCAAAGGAUUCUAUGAGGGCAUCUUCUGUUAUUGCAAUGGAUACUGUUCACAGUGGGGAGGGAAAUUCAAUGGAGAGUGUUGAAUACCAUCCAUGUGAUGGUGAUGAUGUUAAUAAGCCUUCUAGUGCACUCAGGAGUGGUGGAAUGAGUGAGGCAUUGGAUCUCAAUUAUAGCAACCAAGCACAGCAAAGCAGUUUUGUACAGCCUGCUGCUGAAACUGAAAGUAAUGCAAGGGAGAUAGGGGGCAGUAGUAUGAAUGGAGGGGAAGAAGUCCUCAAUGCAGAAGCUACUCCUGCUUCUGCUAGAGAUCAGUUUAGCCUGGGGGUUAGUGGAGGUAGUGUCGGGAUGGGUGCAAGUCAUGAAGCUGAAAUUCAUGGGACUGAUAUUUCUGAGCAUAAAACUGGUAGCGUUGUUGGAGAUGCUGAUCCAAUUCCUGAGCUCAUUGAGACUAUGGGCCACACUGGCGAGUCAGCCCCUGGACCUGCAUUGAUGGAUGAGUUUGCCCCUGAAGAAGUUGGUCGAGAAGAUCCUCAUGGUGAUAGCCAAGAUAUGGCGUCUCGGUUAGCGGUUCGAGCUGACAGUGGUUCAAAAAUUUGUGGUUCAACUAAAGCUGAUUCUGUUGAGAGUGGAGAGAAGAUGAGUCAUGCCAUAGGUCCUGAGAAUAGUGCACAUCCUUCUCUUUCUUGCAACGCAAGAGUUUUUUCUGGCAUUGAUGCAUCGAAAGAGGAAGUGACUGGUAUAAUGCUUACUAAUGAUGAUUACGAUCCAGGAAAUGGGCUAGGAACAACAAAUGGAGAAAACGAUUAUGAAACAGAUCUUCCAGAUUUCGAUCCAAUAAAACACCACAACAAUUACUGCCCAUGGGUAAAUGGAAAUGUUGCUGCCGCAUGUUGUAUUAAUACUGGUUCGAGCACAGCGCUCUCUGGCUGGCAGCUCACAGUGGACGCCAUCGAGACAUUGCAGUCUGUAGGCCAAGCUCAGAAUCAGACAAUGCAGUCAGACUCUGCGGCUUCAUUAUAUAAGGAUGAUCACGCCCCACCCAGCCGGAAGCUGCUGAAAAGGGCAAACCACAGCAGGAGCUGAUCCUCAGGGCUUCACAUUUGGUCGCGGUGGAGAGCUCGGAAACCAUCAUGUGGUCGGGAGGAAUGGAAUAAGUUUAGGUAGUUUUGUGCGCAGAUGAUUGAGUUUGCCUGCCGUCUCUAGCUAUGUCAGCUCGGUUAUUGUAUUUAUCUAAUGUUCUAUAAGAUGAUUUCAGCACCAAGAGACUGUAAUUCAAUACUUGCCAUCUUUUUGUCUUUGACCUGCGCGAUUGAAGAAUAUGUAUUUAGAAUA